CUAUUAAUCAUUUUAAUAAUAUGAAUAAGAAAUUAAAUAUUCCGCUUAGGAACAUUUAGCCUGAUACGUAUCUCUUUAUCUUAAUUAAUAGAGUACCAUUUUCAGAUGGAGACGGCUUGAAAUAUUGGAAAAGCUUUCGUCAUGCUAUCACCACAAUCAGAUUACUCUAAAGUCCUAAAACAUAGCGGUUGAACUCUCCAGUAAUCUAAUUUUAUUUUAAUCCAAGGAUGAACUAGUCAUAAGUGGUUACAGAUCCCAAGUUUCAUCAAAAUAGAGAUCAGAGAGCAGUCGUAACUUCAAUGAUGCAUUAAAAUAUAUUUAAAUGCAAUAAGCACUUUUCACAUCAAUUGAAAAAGGACACUCAUCAAACAUAAUUGAAGAAAUACUAAAUAAAGAUCCAAAAAAGUAUAUUUAUAUCAUUAAUCAAGGUAUUUCUAUGAUCAUAAGAGUGAAUUUUGUUUAGUUAACAAAAAAAAUUAAAAAGGAUUAACACCUUUAUAUGUAGCAGCUAAAUUGGGACAUCUUGAAAUAUGUAGAAUUCUUAUCGAGAAAGGAGCGAAUCCUCAAACAACUGUAUCAAUAAAUGGAAUAGAAGACACUCCCUUAGAAGUUGCUCAAAGAUGGAGACAUUUAAAUAUUGUUCACUUUUUAUAACAAUAACUUUGA